AUGUUUAUCGAAGUUUUUGUGACAUUGUUUCUCGUUUGGUACUUCAUCACUGCCUACAUGACGAGAAAGAACAUGCCUGCCGGACCAUUUCCCUAUCCCUUAGUUGGAAACAUUCCCCAAAUCAUCUCUGCAGAUCCUGCCAGACCAUUUGAUAAACUAGCUGAGAAAUAUGGAGAUAUUUUCACAGUUACAUUUCCAAUGGGUACUGCUGUUAUUUUGAAUACAGCAACCCUAGCGCAUGAGGCAAGGCUUACCCCCGGGAGACAAGAAGAUCUUAUGGGAAAAGAACCACAAUCUAUAUAUCCUUUUACGGUGAUAAUGGGUGAUACUUUAAGCACAUGUGAUUACACGCCUGUAUAUCUUUUUCAGAAGAAAGUAUUCGUAUCAGCAAAGCAUAUGUUUGGCGCUGGGAUGGAGCAAUCCUUGAACCACGCCAGCCACUCUGUUAAAAUUGCGAUGAAAGAAAUCGAAGAUGAAUGGGGCAGACCUUUUUCACUUAAGAAACUUAUCGAGUCUUCUACUUUGGUACAAUUUUGGGAGUGGCUUACAUCGAAGAAGAUAGCGUUGAAUGACGAAAUUGUCAAUGAAAUCAACGAACUCGCAGUGAUUAUUACCAAACAAACAUUAUUUAAUACAUUGUAUCAGCUGUUACCAUUCCUAUCUUAUCUACCGACGCGAUUUUCGCAAGAGAUAACGAAAGCACAAGAGAUUAAAAACACGAUUUUUCCCCCGGAAUACAGAGCCCAUCAGGAAAGCUACAUUUCAGGCAUCAUACGAGAUCUCACAGAUAGUUUCAUCAGUGCUUAUUAA